AUGAGGAAUAAGAAUGAAGGAUUGGUGAAAGUGUUUGAAGUAUGGGAAGAAAUGGUUUCAGGCAGUAUCUUCACUAAUGUACCAGUGACACAAUAUGUAUAUAUCAAUGAUAAUGUGACAUUUGAAUGUGCUAUUAAUGUGACUCAACUUGUUCUCUUUCUUGAGACUUAUCCAUCAGUUGAUGGUUCAGCAUUAUCCUCUGGUGGAAUGGCAUCACUCACCUUAACAGCAACAAGUGAAGUAAAUGGUACAGAAGUUACCUGUAAAGUACCCGAUGAAGCUUCUACCACUGAACCAGUAUAUCUAUAUGUACAAGGUCCACCUGAUAGUGUCAGUAGUUUAACAGGAUAUCAGUUAGAUUCUUGUUGUAUGUUUAUCAGUUGGUAUCCUCCAUUCACACUACCAGGACUAACAGUACAGUAUAUAAUCAGUGUAGGAACUGAUCAACAGUACCUUAAUGACUCUAUCACUAACUACACUUACUGUCCAAUGAACCCAACCAAUGAACAAUAUCUGUUUAACAUUACAACUACUAAUAAAGCUGGGAAUGGAUCUACUAGUAACAUAACUUUUGAAUUUCAAUCAACAAUAGAUGUAGAGUUAUAUGUAACUGAUAAGGAAAGAGGGAAUGUAAAUUGGACUUUUCAUUUCAUUGUAUCUGUAAGUUCCCUAAUAGGAUUAAUCAUAGCCAGCUAUGAUAAUUUUAAGGCCACUAUACACCAGGCAAUCCUAUUGCUUGCAAUCUGUGGUUACUUUAAUCUUCAG